AUGAUCUUGUCGCGGCAGGAGCUGCUGGUGGCUCUUCGCGGCCAGCCACGAGAGCUCGCCGCGAAUCCGGACGCAUCGCAGCGCGAUGCAGCCUCUUGGUCCCAGCCAUCGCAUUCGCCGUUCGUUUCGGAAGACUCGUUUGAUCCAACGGACGAGCUGCCAUGGGUGGAGAAGCUCCUCCAGCUGGCAGCGUGCGUGGCGGAGAUCCACCGCUUCGCCCGCCGCCUCCUGGACGCCCGCAGCGCCGCCAUCAGCGCCGCCGCUACAGCCUCUCUCGCAGCGUCACUUUCAACCUCCGUCGCAGCACCUCUCUCAACCUCCGUCGCAGCACCUCUCUCAACCUCAGCACCAUACAGCCUGGCUGGAGCGACAGGCGGAACCACCUCGGUGUCAGAGAGUGGACGGGAUGCGUCGCACAGGGUGCUGGCAGGAGCAGCAGCGGGUGCGAGCAGUCUGCAGUGUGCGUUUGCAACGUGUGUGGAGGAGGAGGCGUUGCUGCCGUACACACACGAGGUGGAGCGACUCUUCUCCUCCCACCACCCCGUGCGAACCAUCUGGGCCAAGCUCUUCGUGUAUGAACAACUGCUGACAGGACUCGUUAGAGUCACAUCCGCCAUAGAGCAAGGCAACCUCACAGGCGCCUAUCUGCUUCGUUAUCUGGAGCAGGAGAGCAGCUACGGGUCCCUCCUGCUAUCAAUUGCUCUCGACACGGUUGGAGAGGGGGAGAGCAGUCACAAAUACUGCGUAGCUCCAACCCGCUUCCCUCACUUCGCCCCAUCCCAUUUGAACCACCAGGCCCAGCUGCCGCCUGACUUUGCACCUGAGACAGCGGAGGCGGCGCUGUUUGUGGGGCGAGCCAUGCUGCUGCUGCAGGAGGCGGGGCGGCGCAGCGAGAGCGAGCUGAGCGGGCGAGGGGCGGGCAACAGCCGGCAGCGCACGCACGAGGCAGACGUGCAGAGGAUAUUGGACAGCGUGCUGGCACUGAAGGUGAGUGCUGUGCGGAUCAAGGGAGGGGAGAGACUUACAAUGCUGACGUGGAGGGAUUUUUCGACAGUGUGCUGGCCCUGCCGCCAUCCCUUCCUUGCUGUCAAUUCAAAGCUCUAUGAGGGCCUAACAGGGACAAAAAUCCAGAAUCAACGUCUCACCCUCCUUCCCCACCUUUCUAUCGUCUUCAUUCAAAUCACCCAUGUCGCUGCAUGGGAGCAGGAGGGGCGGACGAAGCACGCGUGGGACGGGCAGCGGAUGCACGACGUGGUGGAGGCAGCCAGAAGAAGAGCAGCGCAUCGCCUCUGGCAGCUGGUGGUGAGGGAGAGCGACCUCUUUGGUCAUCUGCACGCGGUGCAUUACUUCCUGCUGGGCGGAGGGGGCGCCUUCAUGCAGAGCGUGUGGCAGUCACUGCGGGAGGUGCUGGCCCAGCCAGACGUGAGGGCCAGGGUUGCCAACGACAAGCUGCAACUGGCCGUUGAGAAGGCAUCGGCAUGCAUUGUGGAGGAGACGACUCUCAAGUACUUCCGCACAUUCUCCUUCAAGGGCGUGGAGACAGGUGAACGACGCGUGCAGGGAGCGGUGCAGGCUGGCUUGCCCACACAGCAACAGGAGCAGGUGCGGGCGCAGGGGGGAACACAGGGGCAGGGACAGGGGCAGGGGCUGGGGCAGGGGCAGGGGAAGGUGGAGGGGCAGGGGCAGCAACAGGGCCGGGUGCAGGGGCAGAGUCACAGCACCCAGUCAGGAGCAGCUGGCAGUGGCAGCAGCGGCAGUGUGAACUGGUGGGACCGGCUGGUGAUCAACACGGGUGUGGCAUGGCCGCUGCAGCUGGUGCUGUCCCCCUUGGCCCUGCAGCGCUACAACAGCGUGGGCGCGUUCCUCUUCCGCCUGCGCCGCGUGGCCCUCGAGCUGCAGCUCGCCUGGCUGCUGCUGUGUAAGGCCAGGCACGAGGGCGCCAGGAUGCGAGGGCUGCCUGAGAAAGGGGCGCGUGGGGUGGUGGUGGGGAGGGGUGAUGGGAUGAGGGGUGGAGAAGGGGGACGGAGAGGGGCAGAAGUGGGUGGGGUUAAAAGAGGGGAGGUGGUGGGGAGGGGUGAGGAGGAGGGGCAGAUGAAGCGGACUUGGUCGCUGCCCUCUGGGAGUGGGGAGGCUGUGAGAAGUGGUGGUGGUGAUUCUGGCCCUGCUACCGCCGCUGCUGCUGCUACUUUUGGCACGGCUGGUGUCAGUGGUGGUGCUGGGGCUGCUGGGUUCGCUAGAAGCACAAGUGUGGCAGGAGGCAGCCUGGCAGGGGCAAGCGGUGGGGUGGUGCGCAUAUCACUAUCGGAGCGCAAGGAGCAUCUGAUGCUGUGCAUGAUGCUCAAGGAGAUGCUGCAGAUCGUCACUAGCCUGCAGACGUACCUGCAUGCGGACGUGGUGGAGGUGGAGUGGGCAGCCUUCCUCGCGUCCAUUCGCGCCAACCCAGACUUCUCUUUCCUGCUCGCAGCUCAUGACCGCUUCCUCUCAUCGUUGGAGCGCCAUGUGAUGCUGGGCAACACACACUUCACACGUCCGCUGCACUCGCUGCUCGUGCUCGCCAUGAAGCUUUGCCGCCGCCUCCACCACUCUGCACCGCUGCCUCUCCCGUUGCUCCAAGACAUGCGCAAGGAGCUGGAUGCGAAGGCGUGUGCUUUGUAUCUGUCGGUGGGAAUGCUGCACCACUCCGUGUCCACACCGCAAGUGCACAAGCUGCUCACACAGAUCAAUUUCAACGGCUACUACUCACUCUCCACUAGUUGA